UAAUACUUACACUUUUCAUGGCUGGAAGAUGCUAGAGUUCAAGCGUACUUGGAUUGUGAAGGUGUGGGGGGUGUUUUCUGGUUUUCUGCUUAUCAUUUUUGGGAUACUAACCGCUUUUUCAUUGAACUUUAAAUGUUGGUUAAUUGGAUUUUAUACUAUAGUUUUGGGCAUGAUUAUCGCUUCAUUUGAGGCAUCCUUCAUCGAAAGCAACAGAUACACCAUUUUCCUUUCUAAAUAUCUUCAAGAUUUACAGCACUGGCAUAAAUGCCUCUUUUACUUCAUAUCGAGUAUUCCCCUCUUCUUUUGCUUGGGAAUCUCGGUCAUUGGGCCUAAAGGGAAUACAUCCGUACAAGCAACUACAACUGGACCUCAACGCUUUGAGGACAGUGAAGAUGACGAAGAAAAUAUAUUUAACGAGGGCUUACAAUUAUAA